UUUAGAUAGUAUUUGUAUUAUAACAUCAUGGAUAUAAAGGAUCCAGCCUUGUUUCUUCAAGAAAUUCCUAUUCAUUCAAAGUUUUCGCAACGGCCUGCUCAAGAAAUUUCAGUUCCUGAAGGAGAAGGUCCAGUCGAUGCAUCCGAGAAUGUUACAUUUCCUGAAUCCGGUGGUGGUGUAACCUUACAAUUGCAAGAUUCAUCGAGAGUGAUUUGUUGGCGCACUCAAAAAAAUUCUCUGGAAAUUUUUGAAUAUUCUCUUGAUGUGGAUUUGUUUUCUUCACAUUUUAUCAUCACUUUCGAAGGAACUAAAAUAAUACCUGGAGUUGAUGUAUCGCUGUUCAAAAAUCGCUUAUACAUCACUUGUUGUACUCUUCAUGCAGUCCAUCGUAUGUCAAUUGAUACUUUGUCAACUGGGCGAUCUGGACCAAAGUCAGGGGUCAGUUACCCAUCUUUACUUUCAAAUUUAGCGACUUUCAAUUUUGAAAAUGAGUUUGAAAACUUCUAUUUUGGCGAAAAAAUUCAGGGACUUGUAACAGAAUGGUCAGUAAAAACGAUGCUUCCGGAUAAAGGUGACCCAUACACUGCUGUUGCGUUGAAAACCAAUCAAGGCAAUAUGGCGCUUGUUAACAUGACAAGUCGCUCUCCUCCAACUAUUGCAAAUAUCUACCAAGCGUCAAGGAUGUCACGAAUAUGGUCCGGUAUUAAUCCAUGGGGUGAAGCAGCCGGCACUGAAACUAUCUCUGAUAUUGCAAUACUCGUGAUUGAAAAUCACCCAUACGUCGUUGCAGCAUGUAAAGACCGUAAACUGCGACUUUGGUCUUUUGAAACCCAUGAUAUGCUUGUGAAUUAUGACCUAUCAGCACAUUUUCAAGAUGAUGGUGACAAAUCGAAAGCUGUGGAUCUCAAAGUAAAAGUUGUCAACGAAGUUGGAAUGAUAAGCUUAUAUAUUUGUAUGUCGGAUCAAGCAGGAUUCCUUCAAUUUCAAGUGAAAAUGGAUUCAAGCACUGGUACUUUGGAAACUAAUUUUUUGUCCGUUGUUUUUGCUUCCCUUUCACCACAAGGACUACCACACCGCCAUCUGGUUGAUUAUUUUUUAACAGAAACAAAUAAAAUAUUUACUUUGUGGCGUGAUACUGAAGAAGUAGAUUCUAUUUCAGUGUGUGCUGCUGAUGUAGGUGUAUGGCAUGAAGUCGCUUCACACCCAUCACCAGUUCUAGAAAUUCCACUUCUUCCAUAUCAGGAUGUCGGGGAGGCCUACAUGGAUUACAUAUUUAGCUCAGGUAAAUUCAGCCCUGUAGCAUUGACUCGAACGUUAUCCAUUCAUCAGAGAUCAAACGUAUCGAACAUGGCAUAUCUCCAACCACAAGAAUUGAAGGAAAGAGUUGCCGCACAUAUUCAAAAUGCGAUUCAAGAAAUAAUUCCGGAUGAAGAAAUGGAUGAGGAUGCUUUGCAAGUCUCAGUGUGGAACUCAUUUUAUCAAGAUCUUAUUCAAUAUCAGCAAGUUGUGUCACGUUCUUUGGGAUUGAUGAUCAAUCGCGGUUCUUCACAGAGUCUUGUAUCCGUCAUCAAGAAAGGUUAUCUUAUGAUAUUAGCCCCCGUUUCACCACUUGAAGCUGUUUGCCGUGGAUCUGAUCCGGAUAUUUUUCGAACAUUUUUACAGCCGGACGAUUGCACAGAUGCCAAUCUCAAUGACUUAGCUCAAUUAUUGGAAAGCCUUGGAAAAUUACAUAGUUAUUUAGGAGCGGAAUUAGUAGAGUCAAUACAGCAGAGCUUAUGUUUGGCUGGCAAUUCCCCACCUGAUGUCAUAGAAGAUAUGAUGCCAGAUAUUCAGGGUGCUGUAAGAGAAUCAUCAGGAAACGACACAUGGGAUAAUCUUAUCAUCAAAAUUAAUGAUGUUUCGUCUGCUGUCAAAAUGCUUACGCUCUGCUUAAGCCCUUCAGAAUUUGCAUUUGAUUUUGAUAUGCCAGAUUUACAAUCUUGGCCAGCAGGGUCACUGGGGGUUGAAUUUAUAUCGCGUUGUAUUAUGCGACAUGUUGAAAAUCGUUUCCAACUCUCCAUCCUGCUUUAUGUACUUUCCUCAUUGCUAGAAACUCUACAGAGGCAAGAUGGUCAUUUACAACAAGAAGGAGACACUCAAUUAGGAUUCCGAAUUGUUAGUUUUGUGCAAGCUUAUCAAGCUAUGUUCUGGUUAUCUACUGUUCAAACACAAAACAUAUCACAGGCAACUUUAGAAAGCACCAUGCAAACUUUAUCCGUGCAUGAUUCAACACUUAGCAUAGACCGAGAGGCAAAAUCCACACUUGCGCAAGGACACCAAACCGUACUUGAAUUCUUUAUUUCAUCUGAUGGCGGUAAGCUCUUACAAGCAUAUCUGCAGAACCAACAAGGUCAAGGUAUUCACGUCCUACAUUCAGGAUUGGUUACAAAUUUUGUCAACUUUGUCGUUUACCUUAUGUGGCCGCUUGGGCCUACACUCACCCUGCUAGAUUUUUUGCUCUCUCAUGGACACUACACUGUCCUUCAAAGAUACAUCCAGCGAGAACUUGGCGAUUGGUGCAACUGGAGCACAAAGUCUCAAAGAUACAUGCUAGCGCACUGUCAUCUUCAUAAUGGAAACUUUGAUAAAGCCGUUCAAUCCUUUAUCAUGGCAUCGUCAGGGAUUAGCAAUGAGGAUUAUCUUGCUAACAAACUGCUGAAAGAAGAUGAAGAAAACUUCCACCCAGCAGCUCAAGAAAUUAUCUAUUAUACCAAAGUUUUACCGAUAUUUGAGAGAUUGGAUUUACCUGAACAAGUGAUUACUUUGGCAGAACAUGCCAUUCAAGUUGCAAAAUCACAAGAGCAUGAUCCGAAUGUGUCCAUUUUGUGGUCGAGUAUAUUUCGACAGAGUAACCUACUACAGCGGCAUUGUAAUGCACUGAAAGCAAUAGUACUAAACCCAGAUCCUGAUCAUAGGAAAGAUUGCUUGAGAACUCUUGCUGUCUCACUUUGUGAACAUAAGAAAUACAAAACACUGGUCGAAUUCCAAUAUGGAGAAUUAGAAGGCGAUUUAGUCAGCAUUUUGGAGCAUCGUGCGAGAGGCACGGAUCUCGCGACAUCUCCUCAUAAUUACUAUGAUCUCUUAUACGCAUUUCACAUCGAGAGGAAGAAUUUCCGAAGAGCCUCUUCGGCUAUGUAUGAACAAGGGUACAGAAUUAGUUGCGAGUUCGCACCGUCUACAUCUGAAGAGAUAAUUGCCUGCUUGCAAAAACAAAUUGACUGUUAUGUUGCAUGUAUAAACUGCUUACAUUUAACAGCUGUCGACAAUCGUUGGAUUUUGCACCCAAUUGGAAAUCAUAUGAAGGCAACCUCACAGAAACCUGAAGGAUAUCGCUCACCGAAGCGACAAAAUGAUGGAGAAGUGGCGGAGCAACAAAAACGAAAGGUUAUAAUUCACGAAAUACCUGAUAUCCAAAAGGAAGUUCUUCUUGUUGAAAUGAAGUUGAAACUCCAAGAAGUUUCGAAAGAUUCAAUGCAAACUGCAAUGAGCCCACUAGUAUCAGAAUCUGAAAUUUCAGGAUUGCUAUGCCAUUCUGGACUUUAUGAUGACGCAAUAAAAGUUUGCAACAAAUUCAACUUAUCACUUGCAACUGUGUUUUCAUCUCUCGCUUCGAAAUGCGUCUACUUAUCUUAUGCUGAUGAUAGAGCAAUGGCAGAAGGUUGGGAAUGGCUACAGGAAAACGAAACUGUAAAAGUUCAUUGUAGAGGUGGAAAAAGCAGCACAGCAAAAUGGACCGCAGCAGAUGCAGCGUAUCGACUACUCCAAGUGUAUCUAGAAAGACAUGGAAAUGCAGAAGGUCGUGGUACGCAGUACUUUUACGCAGUAGCUAAAUCUCUAUUGGGAUUAAGUGCGAAGCUACCUGCUUGGUUUGUAAACACAUACAAAAGUCGAAAUUCCCCGGAGUUAUUGAGAUUACUUGUGUGCUUUGAUAGAUUGGAAGAAGCAGUAUCACUUGCAAUAGAACUCAUAACAAUGGCGAAAAUUCAAGUCGGAACAGACUUUGACGAAACUUCGUAUCUCAGGAGAGGAACUUGGGUUCCAUACACUAUAAUAGAGCAAUUGCUAUCUGUACUAGAAGAAUUAAGAGUGCAACCUGAAUUUGAUGAACUUUUCCAUCAUUUAAAUGAAACACUGGAUGAAUAUCUUCAUGUUGCUGAGACAACUUCAGAUGAUAUGGUGCAGGCUUCAUUGCAAAGAGCUGAAAUUGCAAUGCAAUCAUGAAUCCUAUUGAUGUAUUGAUUUGAAUUGUAAAUUCUUUGAAAUCAAUAAAACACUGCCUUUUUGCUACAUUUUUUUGAAUGUAAGUUCCUAUUUUCACAAUUUUGUGCCUUACAGUAAACUGACCAACUUGAAAUAAAUUUGCUACUGCUCAUGCCAUA